AUGGAUCUAGAGGGCGCAAGUGGGGGAAUCGCCCCCGAAAUAUUCCAAUACUCUUCAUACAACACUGUGGAUGACGUAACAAAAGAAAGUUACCAGGGGUGCAAUACAACCAAUGCAAUACAAUCAAGCAAUAAUGGGAACACUACAUAUACCUUGUCAUCUCCUGGAGACAGAUACUUUAUUGCUGGUAACAAACUAUACUGCCUUGGAGGAAUGAAGCUUCAUGUAACUGUGGAAGCAGAUCAAGUGGCAUCGCCGGCCAGUGCGCCUGAGCCCGGGGAUUCUCUUCCUACUCCUACUUCCGAGAACAACAACCCUUCUAUUUUUAGUUCAGCUGUGGCUAUCCAUGGUGGAACCUAUUCUAUUCUCUUUGUGUUUCUUGGUUUCAUGGUUGCUAUACCUUGGGUGAUGUAG